GGAACUCAACUGUGUGUAGCUUCCUGGGGGCCUGGGAGGAUUUCGAUGUCUGGGGAGGCUGGGACAAAUGCUGGACCUAGAGCUGCGGUCGGGAUCGGAAAUAAUUCUUCCCUAUUCCUCGGCGUUUUCUAGUUUACGAGGUACAGCAGCUACACGGAAAAGAUGGGAGAGGAGGCCAGUGAUGACAAGAAGCCAACAACUAAAUUCGAACUAGAGCGAGAAACAGAACUUCGCUUUGAGGUGGAGGCAUCUCAGUCAGUUCAGUUGGAGCUGCUGACUGGCAUGGCAGAAAUCUUCGGCACAGAGCUGACCCGAAACAAGAAAUUCACCUUUGAUGCUGGUGCCAAGGUGGCAGUUUUCACUUGGCAUGGCUGUUCUGUACAGCUGAGUGGCCGCACUGAAGUGGCUUAUGUCUCCAAGGAUACCCCUAUGUUGCUUUACCUCAACACUCAUACAGCCUUGGAGCAGAUGCGGAGGCAGGCAGAGAAGGAAGAAGAGCGAGGGCCCCGGGUGAUGGUAGUGGGCCCCACUGAUGUGGGCAAGUCCACAGUGUGCCGUCUACUACUCAACUAUGCAGUGCGUUUGGGCCGCCGUCCCACUUAUGUGGAGCUGGAUGUAGGCCAGGGCUCUGUGUCCAUUCCUGGUACCAUGGGGGCCCUCUACAUUGAGCGGCCAGCAGACGUUGAAGAGGGAUUCUCUAUCCAGGCCCCUUUGGUAUAUCAUUUUGGCUCCACUACUCCUGGCACCAACAUCAAGCUUUAUAAUAAGAUUACAUCUCGUUUAGCAGAUGUGUUCAACCAACGGUGUGAAGUGAACCGAAGGGCCUCUGUGAGUGGCUGUGUCAUUAACACCUGUGGCUGGGUCAAGGGCUCAGGUUACCAGGCCCUGGUGCAUGCAGCCUCAGCCUUUGAGGUGGAUGUGGUUGUGGUUCUGGAUCAAGAACGACUGUACAAUGAACUGAAACGGGACCUGCCUCACUUUGUACGCACUGUGCUGCUCCCCAAAUCAGGGGGUGUGGUUGAGCGCUCCAAAGACUUCCGGCGGGAAUGUAGGGAUGAGCGUAUUCGUGAGUAUUUCUACGGAUUCCGGGGCUGUUUCUAUCCCCAUGCCUUCAAUGUCAAAUUUUCAGAUGUGAAAAUCUACAAAGUUGGGGCACCCACCAUCCCAGACUCCUGUUUGCCUUUGGGCAUGUCUCAGGAGGACAAUCAGCUCAAGCUAGUACCUGUCACUCCUGGCCGAGAUAUGGUGCACCACCUCCUGAGUGUGAGCACUGCUGAGGGCACAGAGGAGAACCUUUCUGAGACAAGUGUGGCUGGCUUCAUUGUGGUGACCAGUGUGGACCUAGAGCAUCAGGUGUUUACCGUUCUCUCUCCAGCCCCUCGCCCACUGCCUAAGAACUUCCUUCUCAUCAUGGAUAUCCGGUUCAUGGAUCUUAAGUAGGGAUCAGCAGGAAGCCUUGCUGCCUGGGGUAUAGAGAUCUGGCCGUUACCAAAGGCAGAUGGACUGGGGUUUGAGACUCUAUUGAGGCCAGGCUGACCAGGAAACGGUGGACUAGUAGGAAGCAUAUAUUCUACCUCUUAAAACAGGUGGUGGCGGCCUAAGUCUUCUAAUCUUGACCCACGAGGAAAACCAUGAGAAUAUAAUUGAUUUCUUAGAUCACCUAAGGUGCCACUUUGAACUCUCUGAGGCCCUGGAGAAUCCCAUUUCUUUCACUGUGCUACUAUGCGGACUAAUUUUUAGGACGGGUUUUUUUAUCACUGCUUUAUAUUCUGUAUAGAGUACUUGUUAUCUCAUUUAUCCAGGAUGAAAGAGUGAAUUAGGAGGAUUCCUUCCAAUAAAGUUCAAACUUGGGGAAAAAAUAUAUUUUAAUAAAUAUUUUUGCCAUAUCACA